AUGGCCGUCGAAAAAGCCCCCGAGCGCGACAACGUUGACGGCGGCGAAUCUGGGAAAAGCCAUCUGGACGUCAAUGUCGGCGGCCCUCAAGACUCCGACCAGGAUGACGGCCCCGAUUCCAAGGCGCAGGCCGGUGUGCAGAACAUCGAGGCCAUCACCUCCGUCUGGACCAAGAGCGCGCUCUACACUGCCUUUGUCAUGAUCUGGGUGAUUUACUUUGUCGACAGCAUGCAGCAAGGCACCACGGGAAACCUGACGCCCUGGGUCACCUCCGCCUUUCAGCAGCACUCCCUUACGCCGACUGUCAGCGUCAUGAGCAGCAUCAUAGGAGGCGUCUUCAAGUUGACCUUGGCCAAGGUGCUCGACAUCUUUGGCCGUCCCCAGGGCUACAUUCUCUCCAUCGCGUUUACAACACUUGGCUUGAUCAUGAUGGCUGGCUGCAACAACGUUGAGACCUACGCCGCCGCACAGGUAUUCUAUUGGGUUGGCUACAACGGCUUGGACUAUUCGCUUUCCGUCUUCCUCGCAGAUACAACAUCUCUGCGCAAUCGAGGCCUCAUCUUCGCCUAUAGUAGUUCGCCCUACAUCAUCACCACAUGGAUCUCCGGCCCCAUCUCCGAUGCCUUUUUGAAAGGACCCGGUUUCCGAUGGGGGUUUGGUAGCUUCGCCAUCAUCACUCCGGUCAUCACCCUGCCGCUCUUCUUCCUCUUCAUGCACUACAACAAGAAGGCGAAGCAGCUCGGCGUGAUCCGCCCGCGAGAAAGCAAGGGAACUUUUGUACAAUCUUUGCUCCACUACGGUCGAGAGUUUGAUAUCAUCGGACUGCUUAUUCUGUCCGGAGGACUGGCCAUGUUCCUCCUCCCGUUCAACAUCUACUCCUACCAAUCGAAUGGAUGGAAAUCGUCUCUCAUCAUCGGCCUCUUGGUUGGAGGAUUCGUCGCUCUCGUCGUCUUCGCCAUUUGGGAACGAUUCUUUGCGGCCGUUACGUUUAUCCCUUACUCCCUUCUCACGGACCGCACCGUCAUUGGCGCCAAUAUCCUCGCUGCCUCUGUCUUCGUCAGCUUCUAUAUUUGGGACAGCUAUUUCCGCAGCUUCCUCCAGGUUGUCAACGGUCUUGAUGUCACCGAGUCCAGCUAUGUUGCCAACAUCUAUAGCAUAGGUUCCUGCUUGUGGGCCAUCUUGGUUGGCCUUGUCAUUCGUUACACUGGAAAGUUCAAGCCCAUCUGCCUCUUCUUUGGAGUCCCCGUCACCAUUCUCGGCGUUGGCUUGAUGAUUCACUUCCGUCAGCCCGAUGUUAACAUAGGUGAGACUACAGCCACCCCCCUAAUCAACAUCUCAACCGUACCUCAUGCUAAUAAUUCUCCCCUAAUAUCAGGAUACGUUAUCAUGUGCCAGAUCUUCAUUGCCUUUGCUGGUGGCACCAUUGUUAUCUGUGAGCAGACCGCCGUCAUGGCAGCGACCUCUCACCAAUAUGUCGCGGUUGUUCUGGCUGUAGAGGCAAUGGCAUCGUCUAUUGGUGGUGCCGUUGGAUCUACCGUCGCCGCUGCGGUGUGGCAGGCCGUUUUCCCUAAGAAAUUGGGACAAUAUCUUCCCGAGUCUGCGCAAGGAAAUCUCACAGACAUCUACGGAAGUCUUGAUGUGCAACUGUCGUACCCGAUGGGAUCUCCCGAGCGUAUCGCUAUUCAGCAGGCCUAUGGUGAUAGCCAGAAGAUGAUGCUGAUUGCUGCCACUGCCGUGCUAUCAUUGGCUGUCGUUGGCACGGCAAUGUGGAGGAACAUUGAUGUGAGACAGCACAAGCAGGUCAAGGGAACCGUCUUUUAA